UAUAUUCUUUGUUCUUCAAAAAAAACCAAGGCAUAAGAUAUGAGUUUAAUAAAUGAAAUUGAAGAUAUUCCGGAGUUUCUCAAUAAAGAUAAAUCCUUCGAGAGUGAAAAUCUUGAUUCAGGAUGUUUAUCAGAUGCCUCUGACUCAUCGCUCGAUCUUCCCGGUAAGUCUAUGCAACGAGAUGGUAACGGCAGCGAUAAUGAAGACAAAAAACUAAAUACUGCCAUCAGUAAAUUAAUGACUGAUUCCGGCUUUGAAUCGCAUAAUGGAAACGAGGAGAAAGAAGUAAAUGAUGAGAAAAUCGCUGAAAAUGAAGCAAGAACCUUAAUUAAUACAGAUCAGCCUUCAGUCAAGGAAGACUCAUCAAAAUCGUCGACUAACUGGACUGACUGGUAUCAACAGGACGACGAUGGUGAUACCUUUUUGCAUUUAGCCUGCAUUAUGAAAGAUGAAAAUCUAGUUAAAACAAUCUUAUCUAAGACUCCUCACUCUUGCCUAUACGAUAUCCUUAACGAUGAUUGCCAGGCGCCAUUGCAUUUGGCCGCCCUAACUAAACGACCAAAUAUUUUGAGAAUGUUGCUGCUGGCGGGAGCUGAUCCAACCGUACGCGAUCGUCGAGGUAAUACAGCAUUACAUCUUGCUUGUCGGUCUGGCGUGGUAGAAUGCGUUGAUUCUUUGAUUAAACCAUUUUAUAAAGAUGAGAUAGAGGAAGCUUCGCAUCAAUAUGAGCAUCGAAAUUUUUCUAUUCCUCUCUCUCAAGAUUUAGAUCUUCGCAACUACAACGGCGAGAGCUGUGUUCAUGUAGCCGCCAAACUGGGAUUCAUCGACAUCUUGCAUCGUCUCGUUUCGCAUGGAGCUGAUAUCAAUGCCAGAGAAAAGAAAUGCGGACGUACACCUUUACAUAUUGCCAUCGAACGCGGCAAUGAAAUAUUAACGGAAUUUUUAUUGAACGAAUGUAAUAAAAAAAUAGAUUUGGAAGCGAUUACUUUUGGUGGUUUAACAGCUUAUCAAGUAGCCGGUAAACUUGAAAAAUUGGAUUUGCAAAACAUGUUGGAAAAAUGCGGGGCCGAGAUAUUGCAAGUACCGCAAAGUGAACAAUACAACAGCGAUUCGGAAUCAGACUCGGAAUCGGAUGAUACUACGGAUAAUGCGAGUGAUCCUGCGUCUGGUUUACCCGUUUUCGAAGAUGGCCAUAUCAAAAUAGCAGACGCUUUAAUAGUCGGACCUCUCUAAUUCAAUGUACUUUGCAUGUACGAAGAUGCCUAAAUACGCGGUGCUUUUGCUUAAUUCUUUUAAAAUCAACAGUUUUAUAGCGUAUGUACGAAUUCAAAAAUUUGCAAACAUAUAAACAAAAUACAUAGACACAUAGAUAAGAUACACAUAUUGACGCACAAGAUAUGAACCCAUGAAAAUUGAGAACAUUUAAA